AUGCCACAAGUGGGCCAAUACCGCGCCGCAGAGUCAAAAAGCGCACACGGAGAGCAACGAGGGCGUGCUUGUCAUGCCGAGCACGGAAGGCAUCUCAACAAGACCAAUGGCCCCCUGCCCUCCCGUCAGAGUGACGUUAGCAGCUUGGAUGCAGAUUUACCGCCGUUAUUGAGCCCAGAUAGCUCUAUCGCUUCAGAAUUCAACUCUUUGGACACAACAGAGUCGAAUCCGACCCAAGAUCUUGUUCAGAAUGGCCUACAGCCUUCGAUCUCUGAGGCUGGGAACCGUACUUUCCCGGGGGAUGCUAGUGGUACUGAUACAAUACCCUUGGAUCUCACAAUAAAUCCCAGUGAUGAUACUUUCCUUGAAGCCCUGCACGACUUCCCAGGAGAAGAUAAUUUCUUGGUUGAUUUUGAGGCCUUCACCCAGUUACCGAGCUUAUACGUACCUGAUGUCCACUCACACAACGCUACUCCCGCCAACCGAACCUACACUUCGCCACUCUCCUGGGUGGCGAACUGGUGCGAGCACGAUAAUGGCCAGCAUGCCCGCUUAAAACCCACGAACAUCUCUCUGGCACCUGAGACUAUCGAGUCCUUACUUCGAGACUACUUUCAAUUUGCCAAUCCCAGCUUUCCUGUCGUGAGCGAAUGGGACCUGUAUCGUCUAACUCAUCCAAAUGAUAUCGAAGGAGGAGAGCAAAUUCCACCAAUGAGUUUGGCACUAUUCAAUGCCAUUAUGUUUGCUGGUUCAGCGUUUGCGACAAUCGAGGUUGCACAGGGAGCUGGUUUCUCCGAUAUCCGUGCCAUGCGUGAUGCAUUCCAUGCCAGAGCCGCAUAUCACUAUGAAGCGCGCUGUGAGCGUGAUCUUUUGAACCAGAUUCGAAUAUGUCUUCUGCUCAGUCAACGUCGAAAAUACCCUGACGGAAUGUUCGAGAAUGAAAAAUGGACUCUCAGAGCCCAGCACCUCCUUCAAAAAACCGAGAAACUCCCUUUAAUCUCAGACAACCAGUCUCAAGGAGGAAAAUCUAGUCGUUGGAAAGUACUUCAGUGUUGUUGUCUGGUCCGAGCACAACGCGUACUCAUAGGAACACAUCGGAAUGCUUCAGUUACUACGACCCAAAUCGAACCACCAUGUAUCACGAUAAUGGAUUUGGAAGACGAUCUUCGAUUCUCAUGGUUCCUUACAGCAACGAUUAAAGAAAAGCUAGCACAAGUGUUCGUGGCAUCUGUCGAUCUACACCGGUCUCUUGCGCCGCUCUGUCCGCUCAUCCUAAGGCGUGAUUCUGAACCAGGGGCUGCUCAGAAAGGUACCCCAACCUUCACCCCAUUUCGAGGGUCUGUCAUGGGUGCUUUAGAGGAAGUAGAACGCUCGCUCGUCGAAUGGAGAGCUCGCUAUGACGGGCUCUUCCUCACAAGUGAUACUUGUCCCGUAUUACCGCCCUCCUUACAGGCUACCGCAGCGUACGUGAAUCUUUGCUAUGAAUAUGGUAUUUCUUACCUCCAUCAAAUAAGUUUAGACUUUGAGAGGUCCAGCACUACGCCAUGGGCCGCUAGAAUGAGAGAAUCGUCUCGAGAAGCUCUUCAGAUAUCAGCAGCAUCGACUACCAGAAUUCUUCGUGAUCUUCUUGGCCAAGAGGCAGUCAAAUUUCUGCCGUUCUCCACUCGCAGUAUCACGAUGUUAUUCAUUCCCUUGACGAUCAACAGCGUAUUUCUGAAAUCAUCUGUACAGAGCUGUAAACGCUCGGUCUAUGACCUUUCGAUCUGUUUCCAGGCAUUAGAGGUCCUAGCUGAACGUCACGAGAUCGCAGACUUCUUCUGGGAGCUCAACAACGCGUUGGUCAUGCUUGUGCACGAGAAAAUGGCGAAAGGUGAUGUCUCACCCACUCCCCUAGGAUCGGGCAAAAAUUCCUGGGAUAAGAUGACAUCGGCAUAUGAUGCGCCAGAAAAGGUGCCACUGCCUCAGACAGACACCUAUUCAUCAGUGUUAAAAUUCUUGAGGCAGUCGUUCGUUCUAGGAAGUGUACAAUGGGAAGUGUUGAGCCACUGA